AUGGAUGUCACACGAACUCAGAAAAAAUCUGCCACGAAGAGAAGGGAUAAGAAAAGUGAAGCGAAAAAGAAAGAAGAUGAAGAUGAAAGAAAGAAAAUGGUGAAAAAGGAAGAGAAAAAGAAGACUGAGCAGAAGGAAGAUAAGAAGGAGACGGAGAAGCAAUCGAAGAGAAUGGAAGUGAAAAUGGAGAAGACUGAAGAAGAUGAAAAGGAAAAAAAAGAAAGAAAGGAAAAAGAAAGAGAAGAAGAACGAAUAAAAGAGGAAAGACACCAAGAAGAGGUCGAAAAAAUUAUCCAAUAUGACACAGCGCUUAUAAAAUUGCGUAAACGGAACAAAAAACGGCUGGAGAAAAAUAAUAUAAGUUUUUAACAAAACUGGGAUAAAAAUGGAAUAUCAAAUUUUAUUUCAAGGAAAAUUAACUCUUUUUAAAUUCAGAUUACUGUAGGUAGUCUACUGAAAUUAAAUUUUAUAAAAAAAAUUUAUUCUGUACACAAAUAAUUUUGAAAAUGGUUUCGAAUAACCUUUCGCUGUUGUCUUUCUGAAAAAACACAUUGAAACCUACAACUCACAGAGAAGUUAACAGUGAAAUUUUCAGGCGGAGCAGCUUGAAGAGGAUGGAACUCAAAAUGUUUCAAGAAAAGUAAAAAAGUCUGAACUUCCAACAUCAAUUUGGAUGACGAGCAAAAGACCCAUUAAAAAAAGGGCAAAAUCAAAAACACCCGUAAAAGCUGUUGAGAAGAAGGCGGAAUGUUUGGAGAGUGAGUUGAAUAGAAUUAUUUGAAAGCAGAAUAAUAUGAGAUAUUUUUUUUCAGAAGAAUUCAAGAGCAGACUUUCAAUCGCAUCGAAACCAAGAGCUUGA